AUGGCCCGUCUAGUGAACGUUCCCAUUGGUGAGGCUCGCAAGGGCGAGACGGCUCCUCGUGUCAACGGGGACUUGAAGAACAAAGAGCCGAUCAAGAGACCGCUUGGGCUGAAGUGUAACACAGUGUACGAAUUCCUCACGGAGGUGUUUGAAAGAGGCGGCAACCGCAAGUGUAUGGGUUUCAGAGACGUUAUUGACAUCCACAAGGAGAAGAAGAUGGUGAAGAAGGUUGUUGACGGGGAGGAGGUUGAGGUUGAGAAGACGUGGUUCUACUACGAGCUCUCCGGCUACAAGUACCAGACGUAUAAGGAGGUGUUUGAGUUGGCGCACGAGUACGGCCGUGGGUUGGUGAAGCUCGGCUUGAAGCCAGGGAACACCGACAAGCUGCACAUCUUUGCUGCCACCUCGCACAAGUGGAUGAAGACGUUUAUGGCUGCUCAGACCCAGGCCAUAGCCGUUGUCACGGCCUAUGACACCUUGGGUGAGAAGGGCUUGACCCACUCCUUGGUUCAGACAGAAUCAGCAGCCAUCUUCACGGACAACUCACUCUUGUUGAACUUGGUGAAGCCAUUGCAAUCCGCCACAAACGUCAAGUUCGUCAUCCACUCGGAAAAGAUUGAUCCAAAGGACAAGAGACAGAAUGGGGAGUUGUACGCCAACGCCAAGAAGGGAUACGAUGAGAUCCUUAAGGUUAGACCAGAUAUCAAGAUUGUGUCAUACGAUGAAGUGGUUGCCAUGGGUAAAGAGGCAAAGGACAUCCAAACAACCUUGCCAAAGCCAUCAGAUUUGUCCUGUAUCAUGUAUACAUCCGGUUCCACUGGUGAUCCAAAGGGUGUUGUCCUGAGACACGACAACAUCGUUGCAGGUAUUGCUGGUGUGUCCUUUAUCGCUAACCGUAACUGGAUUCUGGAGAGCGAUCGUAUCAUUGCGUUCUUGCCAUUGGCACAUAUCUUUGAAUUAGCAUUUGAACUCAUUGCCUUUUACUGGGGUGGUAUCAUUGGUUAUGGUACAGUCAAGACUCUCUCGGAUGUAUCCAUGAGAAACUGUGUUGGUGAUAUGAAGGAAUUCAAACCAACUAUCAUGGUUGGUGUUGCUGCUGUUUGGGAAACCAUCAAGAAGGGUAUUCUCUCACAGUUGGCCAAACAACCACCUUUCACACAGAAGCUGUUCUGGGCUGCUUACCACUACAAAUCGAAGAGUUGGAAGAUCCCAGGUUCCACGUACCUCAUUGACCACGUUAUAUUCAAGAAGGUCAAGGCUGCCACCGGUGGUUGUCUUCGUUACAUCUUGAACGGUGGUUCUCCAUUGUCACAGGAUACUCAGUUGUUCAUCACCAACUUACUUGCACCAAUGCUUAUCGGUUACGGUUUGACUGAAACUGUGGCUAACACCACUGUUGUUUCACCAGGUGCGUUUGAAAUCGGUGUUCAAGGUGCGCUUUCUGGCUCUAUUCAGGUCAAGUUGGUUGACGUUGAAGAAGCCGGCUACAAAGCUGAAAACAACCAAGGUGAGAUCUGGAUUAAGGGUUACCCAGUUAUGCCAGAGUAUUUCAAGAACGAGGAGGAGACGAAGGCUGCCUUCAACUCUGAAGGCUGGUUCAUGAGUGGUGAUAUCGGUGAGUGGACAAGCACAGGACAGUUGAAGAUCAUUGACCGUAAGAAGAACUUGGUGAAGACCCUGAACGGUGAAUACAUUGCAUUGGAGAAACUGGAGUCCGUGUAUCGCUCAAACCAUUACGUUGCAAACAUCUGUUGCUAUGCGGACAACUUGCAUGCCAAACCAAUUGCCAUUGUUGUUCCAAAUGAAGGUGCAAUUCGUCAAUUGGCACUGGAGAACAAGUUCAUCUCGAAAGAGUCUGAUGAUUUGCACAACGUGUUGAGAAAUGCCAAGUUUGUUGGUAAGGUUCACAAAUCCAUGGUUGAAACUGCCAAAUCUCAAGGCUUGAUUGGUAUUGAGAUUAUUGCAGGGUUGGUGUUUGUCGAUGAAGAGUGGACCCCACAGAAUGGCUUUGUCACAUCUGCUCAAAAGUUGCAAAGAAAGAAGAUCUUGGAGGCCAGCAAGAAGGAAGUUGACGACUUGUAUGCAAGUGUUUAA